CUGUACUGAGGGAAAGUGACCCACACAACCGGAUGUUUAUAGACGUAAUAUUUACGCGACGGGCCUCCACUGACGGAGAUGGGUGAGUCUCCUUUGGUGGUUUUUGAACAUUGACGUAUUUUGGUCAAAAUUGCGGGUUUCGUUUACUGCUGACUCUCUCGUUUGUCCCGCAAAAAACUGCGGUGAUUGCGGGAGCUCGGCUCUGACGUCACGUCUGUGGGAAAACGUGCAACGUUUCUGACCGCUGCGUUGCUCCGACGGCUGAUGCGGUGAAUCAAUGUAACCGGACUCGCUCGGCCUCCAAAACCAACCCUUGGGGUCCGAACCUCGACGGUUAGUCCGGUUUGUUGGCUCCGCUGUUAGCUUUAGCAUCGUUAGCUCCCGUCCUAAAACAAUGACGUCGAGGCGGGCAGGCUUCGGCGCGGACUCCUCUCCCCGCAAACAGAGCAUCUCCGACCGUGUCGAGGCGUGUUUCGACCGCAAAGCAGACAAAUACCCCCAGAGCAGCGUGACGGUCACGUCGCUGAAAUCCCGCCUGGCUCCGACCAUCCAGACCGCUAUGUCCGCCGCCGUGGACACGCUGCUGGGGGAGGUAGUGGUGGUGCUGAGCGAGACCCAGCAGGAGCUGUUUCACAAGGAGCAGGAGAACGAACGGCUCAAAGUGCGGCUGGAGGUGUCGGAGAGGGAGCUGAAGAACCUGCAGGAGUGUCUCUGCAGCGCUCAGAAGCUGAUCGAUCAGCUCCAGGUCUCGUUCCCGGGACCUCAGGCCGUCAGUCAGUCCGUUUUCGCGCCUUCCUUGUCCUCCAUGGCUUCCAUGACCUCAGGCUUGGACCGGGACCAACAGAACCCCAGGGGUGUGAAUGGAGCCGGUGUGGAUUUGGGUCUGGGGGGCUCCGUGGAGGAAUCUCUGCACGGGUUCGAGCACAGAGAUGAUUUCAAAAUGUGCCAGCUCUCCAUCCAGCCGGAUGGUUCCGUCACCAACCACACUCUGGACUCCUUUGGGUCUCCUCAUCUGUGCCCCGACUCCAGCAGACCAGAGGAGAGGCAGCCUCAGGGACCAGGGGGACCACAUCGAUUUGAGAUCAAGGAGGAGCAGGGCCCUUCUCCUGGUCAGCCCAGCAAAAGGGAAGCUGGGCUCUCCAGUGAAGGCAGAGAUGUGGAAAGGUCAUCGUUGACCAUGGGGGACAUAAAUUAUGCUCAGGGUGGAGGGACUCACCCACUGCGUCACCAGAGAGCUGUGCGAGGGUGUGGAAGUUCCUUACAGCAGGGCAGACCUGAUGGACCGCAGAAACCGCUACCCAGGACUUCUGUAAGCAGGAGCUCGCCAGGCAGAGCGGAGGACUCCGCGGGUCCGUCUGCACCCGACACUGCGGGGGAACCCCCCGGAGACCGUCCCCACCACUGUCUGGAGUGCGGAAAGACCUUCCGCCUGAUUUCCAGCCUGAAGAAGCACAUCCGGAUCCACACCGGAGAGAAGCCCUAUCCGUGCGGAGUCUGCGGCCGCCGCUUCCGCGAGUCGGGGGCGCUGAAAACGCACCUGCGCAUUCACACGGGCGAGAAACCGUACUCCUGCUCCGAGUGCGGGAACUGCUUCAGGCACCUGGACGGCCUGCGCAAGCACCGGCGCACGCACACGGGGGAGAAGCCCUACGUGUGCGCCAUCUGUGGGAAGCGCCUGAGCCGCCUGCAGCACCUCAAGCACCACCAGCUCAUCCACACGGGCGAGAGGCCCUGCUGCUGCCCCUUCUGCAACCGCACCUUCAAAGAACCCGCCGCGCUCAGGAAGCACAUCCGCACGCACCGAGAGGAAGGAGGCCACAUGGGAAUCGGUCCCACGGAGGACACGGACCCGGACGCUCUGGAUGACAUCAACAACCUCCACCCUGCUGCUCCUUCCCCUCAGAUGAGGUUUGGAGAGUGGGGCGCCACAGAGGACGACGGCCCGGUUGUGGACUGUGUUUGAGCACCGAUCAACAUUUUUGGUAUAAAAUGUUAGGAUGUCCUUCUGUCACUAAUCUGCAAGUGUAAAAACGAAAGUCUGUCUUUCAACGGUUUGCUGCUCCGGGAUGUCUUCCCCCAAAAAAGUCAAAUGAAAUGCAGAGAAUAACUUUAGACUCAAAAUAUUCUGCUAAUACAUGAAUUAAGAGGGCAAACAGCAGCUCAUCAGUUUUAAUCUGAUUAAACUCCUGUUUGUUACAUUUAGGUGUGUUACUAAGGUGACAGACACACUUUUUUCCAAUAAUGUGCAACUUUUAUGUAGAUAAAACUUAAAAAUUAUCGCAGUUCUUAAAUCCAGUUGUAAGCAUGGUGGCGAAAGUAUCAUGAUUUGGUUUUAAACUCGUUAUAUCAGAGUAUUCUCUGGUUAAAUUUGAGGCUUGUUCUUCCAUCACGAAACCAAACCUACAAGAACAAGACAAAAAAGUUUAAAAGUGCAAAUGCUGUGUGAGACCUUAAGGUCUGUUCCAAAAACCUUUUACAAAAUGAAAAAACAAUAUUUUCCUAGAGAAAAAUAACACUGUCUCUGCAUUUUGUUUUACUUUUUAUUCAACAAAAAAACCACUGUUUCAUGUUUUCCUCUUAAUUCUUUGUAGAAGGAAAUGGUUUUAUCUCCUCAUUAAAGAAUUAAACCGCUUUUUAACAGCAAAGCUUUGUGAAUCGUUAAGCAGCAGCAUUUUGGAAUUGAAUGUUGGAGGAAUAAAAAGUGCCUUGACACAUUUUUUUAAGGCCACAG